AUGACCGGGAACCUCUGGAUGAGGGUGAGGUCAUGGGAACAAUGCAGGGAGACGGGUGUGGUCCUGCUGGGUUUCCUGACGCUGGCGGUGUCUGUGGGGAACCUGUCCACCAGGGGGCUGCAGGACGGUGUGGCCUCCAACAGUCUGGAGGAGGAGCUGGAGGUGACCACGUACUGGUGGGGGGAGUGGGCCAAGUGGACAGCCUGCACUCGUACCUGUGGAGGAGGAGUGAUGUCACAGGAGAGACACUGCCUCAAACAGAGAAAGAAAGUCACUGCUGGGAAGGACAACAUGACCUGCACAGGAACUGCCAAGAAAUAUCACCUCUGCAACACUAAAGAGUGUCCUCCCACAGGGCGGAGCUUCAGAGAGGAGCAGUGCUGGUCCUUCAACUCGCAGCUUUACAAUGGGAGGAACUACCAGUGGAAACCUCUGUAUCCUGACGACUACGUUCACAUCUCCAGUAACCCGUGCGACCUCCACUGCACCACGACGGACGGCCAGAGGCAGCUGAUGGUGACGGCGCGGGAUGGCACUUCCUGCAAGUACAGCAGCUACCGCGGCGUCUGCGUGGACGGUAAGUGCGAGCCAAUCGGAUGUGACGGGGUUCUGUUUUCCUCCAACACCUUGGAUAAGUGCGGCGUGUGUCAGGGCGACGGCAGCAGCUGCAGCAGAGUCACGGGAAACUUCCGCCGCGGCGCCACGACGCUGGGUUACUCUUUCAUCACUCAAAUCCCUGAGGGAUCAUGGGACAUCCAGAUCAUUGAGAGGAAGAAGUCGGCCGAUGUUCUGGCUGUGACCGACCAGGCGGGAAACUUCUUCUUUAACGGAGCCUACAAGGUGGACAGUCCCCAGAACUUCCACGCCGCUGGAACCGUCUUCAAGUACCGCCGGCCCAUGGACGUGUACGAGACCGGGAUCGAGUACAUCGUCGCCAAAGGCCCCAUCGACCAGGCCAUCAAUAUUCUGGUGUGGAACCAGAACGGUCGCACCCCGUACAUCACCUACGAGUACACCGUCCUCCGGGACUCGCUGCCGCCCAUCCCACCUCCGCCUGUCUACACCGGGUCUGACACGUCAGCCGGUGAGGUGUCCGUGGAGAUGGGGACUCUGCUGUCCCCUAACAGCAGUAUCUACGACCAGGCGGCCCCUCAGGGCCCGCUGGAGCCGGCGGGUGGAGACGGGCAGAAGGGCCAAGAGACCAAUGAGGUGUAUGAGGAGACGGCGGCCAUCGACUGCGACCAGGACGGAGCAGCUGCCCCAAAAUUUACAGAAGGAAACAGCAGUCACACGGGCAGCACGGCCAAACCCCCCCCUGCCGGUGGACCCCUGGACCCAGGGCCGGACUCCCCAAACCUGAUCUGGAGGGUCCUGCUGGACGGUCGGAUCAGCCCCGACGAGCUGCUCAUCAACAUCUCGACCAAUCAGCUGCUGACGGGGGGAGACGGCCUGUUCUCGUCGGAGCUGGGGCCUGUGGACCUGAGCAGCCUGGAGCGAGACUUCGGCGGGAACGAGACGCUGGAGUACACGCUGGGCCGCAAACGCAACGACAGCGGAGAGACCGUCUACCAGAACAAGACGGUGCAGAGCGGCGGCAGGAGCUCGGGCCGCUCCAACAGAACCAGGGGGAAUCAGAGGCUCUACCAGAAGAACCUGAAACUGAGCGCUGCAGACAUGUAUCGCUGGAAACUUUCGUCUCAGGAGCCCUGCAGCAUGACGUGCUCCAUAGGAGUGUCAAAGUCCUUCGUCUCGUGUGUUCGUUACGACGGCGUGGAGGUGCACGACAUGUACUGCGACGCUCUGACCAGACCGGAGCCCGUCCACGACUUCUGUAUCGGCAGAGAGUGUCAGCCCAGGUGGGAGGCGAGCAGCUGGAGCGAGUGCUCCAGGACCUGCGGGGAGGGGUUCCAGUUUCGUCAGGUGCGCUGUUGGAAGAUGCUCUCUCCGGGCCUGGACAGCUCCGUCUACAGCGACCUCUGCACCAUGGCCGACCUGGAGAGACCCGUGGAGAGACGAGCCUGCAAAAGCCCCGCCUGUGGCCCGCAGUGGGAGGUGGCCGAGUGGACCGAGUGUCCUGCCAAAUGUGGCCGCAAAGCCCAGGUGAGCCGCGACGUCCGCUGCUCCGACGAGACCCGACCGUGUGACCCGAUGACCAAACCACCCAACGUCAAAAACUGCACCGGUCCGCCCUGUGAACGCCACUGGACUGUGUCUGAGUGGGGGCCCUGCUCGGGGUCGUGCGGCCAGGGGAAGAUGCUGCGUCACGUGUACUGCAAGGCUCCGGACGGCCGCGUGGUCCCUGAGAACCAGUGCUCUGCGGAGAACAAGCCGCUGGCUGUCCACCCCUGUGGGGAGAGAGACUGCGCUCCACACUGGCUGAGCCAAGACUGGGAGAGGUGUAACACGACCUGCGGUCGUGGCGUGAAGCGGAGGAUGGUCCUGUGCGUCGGCAUCAGCGGAGGAAAGUUCCAGAUCUUUGACGACAAAGCGUGCGGAAGCAGCGAGAAGCCAGAGGAUGAAAACACCUGCUUCGAGAGGCCGUGCUUCAAAUGGUACACCACCCCCUGGUCUGAGUGCACUAAGACGUGCGGUGUGGGCGUGAGGAUGAGGGACGUCAAGUGUUACCAGGGCAGAGAGCUGGUCCGAGGCUGCGACCCCCUCACCAAGCCGGUGGCCAAACAGACGUGCACCCUGCAGGCCUGCCCCACUGAGCCGCCAGAUGAGAGCUGCCAGGAUCGUCCCUCCACCAACUGCCUGCUGGCCCUGAAGGUGAACCUGUGCAGCCACUGGUACUACAGCAAGGCCUGCUGCCACUCGUGCCGCGCCGUACGACCUCCACCCUCCUAG